UGCUGCUUCAGCACUGAGCUUCCAAACCAUCUACUGCUCCCUCUCCUGACUACAACCAACACUUUCAGCUUCUGCAGACAUGGGUGUCGCUUACAGCGUCGGAGAGGUCGACCACCUUUACACCUUCUUUGUGCAGUGGUCACCUGAAAUGUACAAGAAGGGCAACAAGAAGCACCCCAGACCCCGCUACCUCAUCAGGGAGACACAUGCAAACCGCUACCUGGUAGUGGGGAAGAAUAAGGUGGCUGUGAUCAACAAGCUGCUCAGUAACCCCAGCAGCUGCUCUGCUAACAACUGGGAGAUCAUCACAGUACAAGAAGCAAAGCGCCGCCUCAGUCUGUCUAGCUCUGAGGACUCUGAGGCAGACGAUCCUGAGUAUCAGGAGGAAGACGGGGAUGUGCCCCUUAUGCUGGGCGAUGACAGCCAGCUGCUGAAUGACCAUCACAUGAAGAGGCUUGCUGCUCACAUGCCUGCCAGGACCCAGGGUUAUCCGUGGCAGCUGGUCUACAGCACGGCCAUCCACGGCAGCAGCCUGAAGACUCUGUACAGGAACAUGGCCGGUCUGGACAGUCCGGUGCUGCUGGUCAUCAAAGACAUGCACAAUAAGGUGUUUGGUGCUUUUUCUUCCGAUCCAUUCAAAGUCAGUAAAUACUCCUAUGGCACUGGCGAAACCUUCCUGUUCAGCUUCAACCCUGAAUUUCAGGCGUACAGAUGGAGUGGUGAGAAUUCCUACUUUGUGAGUGGAACCGUGGAAUCUCUGCACAUUGGUGGAGGAGGGGGUGGAUUUGGCUUGUGGCUGGAUGCUGAUCUGUACCGCGGUGCAAGCUUCUCCUGCCCCACCUUUCACAACGCGUCUCUGUCCUCACAGGAAGACUUCAUCGUACAAGACCUCGAAGUCUGGACUGUGCAGAACUGAUAAAGACAAUCUAAAAAGACGAGAGAAAAAAUGAAAAAACCCACAGUCUGGUCAGGAGUUACAGAACUUCAUGACUGAGAGGCUGUACUCGCCUGGUGAGCCAUGACCUGAUGGAGCAGCUGCUGUUACCCUGCAUCUGGCUUGGUUAGUCCACACAGAAAGAGAAUGGAGACCAUCUCAGAUUCACAGCCUGGACUCAAUGUUCAGGUUGGGGUCCUCUGUGCCUGCUGAAGAUCCACGUGGCUAGAAUGGAGCCUGCAGAUCUGAGUCCUCCAGCCAGUCACCACUAACCCCAUGUUCAGUUAAAAACUGGCACCUGAAGCUAUAAGCCCUCCAUGGCCUUUCAUUGUUAGAGAGAGCAUUAUAGUGCAAAGUUCAGUGUAACAUUGUUGGACCAAAUGUUUGAAACCACUGGAGGCACAUUAUGAAUGUAAGACACAUGCUUUAUUUUCCUUAAAGCAAUGUGGACCAAUUAGGGAGUUUUUAAAUGUGUGUACAGAAUGUAUGUGUGUUUUAAUGUAUGUAGUCAUGCUUUUUUCAAUGUGAGGCACAUACUCAAAUAUAAAUAUUAAAAAAUGUAAUUAUUUUGGUAGAAACACUGUAACAGGAAAGGACCAAAACAAGCCUAUUUGGACUCUAAUUGUAUUUUUUUCUACGUGAAGUCUGUGCUUAUAUUCCUAAUUUGAAGACGACUGUUUGACAAUGGAGAACAGUGACUAAAGCUUCAAAAUAAAAGUUCAGAAUUGCACUAUAAA